AGUUUGAUCCGGGUGUGAUGGAUUAUGGCCCUUUUUCUCUAUCAUCGUCAUCAUCACCAGCCCUUUUACGUCCCCACUGCAGGGGCUCAGGCCUUCAUUAUGGAUGGUUAAGGAGGUUGGGCCAUGACCCUCCACGCUGGCCCAAUGCGGAUUGGAGGAUAUUAACGACUGCAAAUGCAGUCGGGACCAACGGCUUAACGUGCCUUCCGAAGCACGGAGUAGCUCGAGACAAUAAUUUUUUGGUCACCCAUCCCAUGACCGACCCUUGCGAAAGUUGCUUAACGACUACGAUCGCGGGCCGCGGCGCUUAUCCAUUACGCCACCGAGCUACUCUUUUUCUCUAUAUGAUUCUAUAUCUAGAUAUCAUCUAUUUUUUUUAGUGUAAAAUUUUAUUUUUAAAUUUGUGCUACAACCUCUAAGUUUAUCAAAGGUUGUAUCA